UAUGCUAUAUCCAGAACUUUAAUCCUUAGAUGACUUUGAAUUUAUUAAAAAUCUUGGAUCAGGAUAUUCUUCAAGGUAAAUUACUUUAUUCUAUUUUGAUAGUGUUGAUCUAUAUAGACACAUUUAAACUGAUAGAAUAGUAGCAAUAAAGAAAUUAUCAAUUAAGAAUUUAACUUAAUCUGAAUGCAGAAAAACUUAUGAUACUGAAAUAACUAUCCUAACCAAAUUAUAAGGUUGUUCUAAUGUUGUACAAUUAAUUGGAUAUGGAUUCUACACCACUAUUGAAAAUAGUAUUAGAAGAACUAGAACUAUAAACAAUUAUUUCCUUAUUUUAGAAUACAUUGAUGUUCAACCUUUGGAUAAAAAUAGUGAAAGAAUUACUAAAUAAUUCUACUACAAACUUUUAUAAAGUAUAAUUAUUAAAUCUAUAGUAGCUUUGUAAAAGAUUCAUGAAUUAGGAAUAGUUCAUAGAGAUUUAAAUCUAAAUAAUGUACUUGUUUAAAAUAAUGAACCAAUACUAAUUGAUUUUGCCUUUGGUUUAGUUACUAAUGGCAAAUAGAAAGUUGCUGAAUUUUAUGGAACUAAACCAUAUGUAGCUCCAGAGAUUAUUGAUGGUUAAUCUUAUCUUCCAUACCCUACUGAAGUUUAUAGUUUAGGUGUUAUAUUAUUGGAAUUGAUAAAUAAUAAUGAAUCCAAAGAAAUUGCACUUUAAAUGAUGCAAUAAAAUCCAUAUAAAAGACCUAAUUUGGAAGAUGUUAUUGCUCAUCCUUGGUUUUAAUUAUGAU